AUGUAUUUUAUUCGUGAAGUUAUUCCGACUGAUUUGUCGGAUGUCCACAAGUUUACCAUCAGCCUUCUUGAGCAUCAUAUUGGACAGUGUGACAGAAGUCUACUGGAUGAGCCUGAUUUCGUUGACAUCUUUGAACGCGGCUAUCUGAAUGGAUUACUUCUGAUGUAUCGAGAGGACAACUCUGCACAAAACGACUCAGAUCCAACUGUUCAUGACUUCAAGCCAAUAGGUUGCAUGCUUUAUCAUCACGAUAUAUCUACUGUGCAUGGCAAGGGUAUCUAUUUGGAUCAAUUCUUCAUAGAGCCAGAAUUCCGCCGGCUUGGUCUCGGACGUGUGAUGAUGACUAAGUUGUGUGAAUUAUCCCUUGCAGAGCACGGAAGCUUUAUUAGACUCACUUUUCAAAAUGGUCUUGGAUUGGACAAAGUAUAUGGGAAAAUGGGUUUCGUGAAUUGCUCCAAAAGCUAUCCUGGACUGCAUCUAUUCGAAGCCUGGGGUAGGCCAAAGUUGCGUGAAUUCCUGGAAGUAGGCGAGGUGUUUGAAAAACGUUUUUCUGACAAUUCGUCGUCUAAAAACCAUCCACUAGUUAAAUUAAUCUUUCCCUUGGAACAGUCAUCAAAAAUGGACAGUCUCACUUGGUCUUCUCUGGACAUCGAAUCCACGGAGCGUCACGAUAAAUCCUUUAAAAAUCCCUCGCCACCUAAACCUCGACUCGUACUUAUAACAGAUGGGACAUUACAAAGGGGAUGUGAUGAUAAUGCUUUCAAAGAAAAGCAUUUGGAAAAGUGUAUAUUCCCCUUAAUGUUGCCACGAAUAGAAUCCACAAAUGAAACAACAAACCUGGUAAAGAGACCUCGAAUGUGCAUGUUCACCGAACAGAUUUCAGUUUGCAGCUGGCUGGGUCCCAUGGUGAACUUCUCAGACUUUAUUGGAGAUACAUCUUUACUUCAGCCGCACGUGCUGUUCAGCCGAGUUCGUGAUUGGUUGCAGAUAGAACCAAAUUUGCGCGGUGCCUCUUGGGAAGUGCCAUGUGGUAUUGAUAUUAACUCGGGAACAGAUUCUAUAUCCCUGGAAAGUUCUUUGAAUGAACUCAAUAUUCCAGACGACACCAAACGUGAGGGAUGGAAUCUAGCUUAUCUUGAUGAAGUUGGGAUGCGCCGUUUGCUCGAGCGACCACCACCUAGUGGAAUUUCAAUCCUCAAAUGA